AUGGCGGCCAGAGAACCUCAAUUCAGUCAACACAUCCUCGUCGACACGACGCCGAUGCCAAAUGACAUCCCCAAGGUCCAGGAAAUUGGCGCCACAUCCGCUCCCUUGAUGAGCGCAUCUUUCUUUAUCGGAGACCGCUGCCGUGCCUAUAACGAUGACUACAUGAAGUGCAAGGCCGAGGCCAAUGGCCGUGGAGAGUUGGAUUGUCUCAAGGAGGGUCGCAAAGUCACCCGCUGUGCGGCCAGCGUGAUCAAGGAUAUCAACACCCACUGCUUGAAGCAGUUCAACGCUCACUGGCAAUGCCUCGAGAACAACAACCACCACAUGUUCGAAUGCCGGAAACCAGAGAUUGACCUAAACCAAUGUGUAUUUGAGAAGCUGGGCCUCAAGAAGACUAUCCCUGGAACCCCCGAAAAUGUGACUCCUGUCCAUUUGCGACCAAAACAGAUUUACGCCCAGUACCCUGGAAACCAGUACUAG